AAAAAAAAAAAAACGAGCAAGAUAAUAUAACUUUCGUAAUGGUUACUUUAUCAGCCGAACAACAACAAAAACUUAGAGAUAUUGCGAAAGCGCGUAAGGAAGAAAAUGAAAGACUGGCUUUAGAAAUGGAAGUACCGAUUGAACAGAUAGAAUUGUUUCUUGGUAGAGCUACUGUUCAACGAAUCGAGAAAUCUCGUGAUAUUUCAGGAUUUGAUUUAUUUAAAAAAGAUUGGUAUAAAUCAAAUCCAGGAAAUAAUCCUUUGAAAUCAAAUCAUUUAGUUUCUGCAGCUUGGAAAUUAGUAUCUUCUGAACAAAAACAUGUAUAUCAUGAAUUAGCUAUGAAACAAAAUACAAAACCUCCAACAUUAAAUCCUUCCGCAAGUACUAGAACUAAUGAAAGGAGGGGAUACAUGAACGAUAUGAAAAAAUUGGCUGAUAUGUUAUCUCUAAAAUGUGGUGUCGAAUCUUUUAUUGUACUAUCCUCCAGAAUUCCUGGUGAAAAUUUUGGUGAAAUUACUGGUUCAGAUAAAGGUCUUUUGGCUGCUGAAGAUUUACGUUGGACUCAAUCAUUUCUUGAAUUUGGUUUGAAAAUUCAAAAUAAUGAAAAUGGUGAUAGAGAAGAACAACCUCCUCCACCGAGACCUAUUAAAAAAGCCAGAAAAAAUAUGAAUGAAGGUAGACAAUUCAUUGCUCAUCGUAUGAAAGAAUUAUAUAGAGAAAUAGUUGGAUAUGGAGUUGUACCUUAUUCUAAUUGGGAAACCGAAAAGCAUAAAUUAGAAAUUGACGUUGUUGGAUGGCCUGAAGGAAUGCCUUUUACCGCUCAUGCAUUUAAACGGGACCAAAUGCAAGAAAUUAUUAAUGCAUUAGAACAAGGAAAAAUUAAAUUUAUUAGUACUAAACAGACCUUGAAGAAGGAUAAUAACGAUAAUAUGGAAACUAAAAUGGAAUUGGAUGGGAAAUAAAUUGCUAAUUUCAAAUAAUAAGUUUGAUAAAAAAAAGCAAAAAAAAUAUAUGUAUAUAAUAUAUAUAUAU